AUGGACGACGCCGCAGUAGCCACCACGGCCGUCGUCCAUGGCUUGGGCGCGCGCGUUCUGCUCCUGCCGUUCCCUGGGAUGCAAGGCCACGCCAACCCGAUGAUCCAGCUCGGCCACCGGCUGGCGUUCCACGGCCUCCGCCCCACCCUCCUCGUCUCACGCCACGUCCUCUCCACCGCCGCCGCCACCUCCGGGCCGUGCUCGUACCCCUUCCCCGUGGCCGCCUUCUCGGACGGCUGUGACGCCGGCGGGAUUGCGUCAUGCCCGGACACCGCGGACUACCUGCGGCGGAUGGAGGCCGCGGGGUCGGAGACGCUGGCGCAGGUCCUCGAGGCCGAGGCGCGCGCGGGGCGGCCGGCCCGGGUGCUCGUCUACGACUCGCACCUGCCGUGGGCGCGCGGCGUGGCGCGCGGCGCGGGUGUGGCCGCGGCCGCCUUCAUGACGCAGAUGUGCGCGGUGGACCUCGCGUACGGGGAGGCGCGGGAGGGGCGGGUGGCCCUGCCGCUGGCGGACGGGAGCGCGCUGCGCGGGAGGCUCGGCGUGGAGCUGGGGCCCGACGACGUGCCGCCAUUCAUGGCGGUGCCCCGGUGGUACCCGGCGUUCACGGAGUCCGCGCUGAACCAGUUCGACGGGCUGGAGCAAGCCGACGACGUGCUCGUCAACUCCUUCCGGGACCUCGAGCCAAAGGAGGCGGAUUACCUGGAAUCCACAUGGCGCGCCAAGACCAUCGGGCCGACAUUGCCAUCGUUCUACCUCGACGACGGCCGGUUGCCGUCCAACAAGACCUACGGCCUCGACCUCUUCCCGAGCACCGCGGUGCCGUGCAUGCUGUGGUUGGACAAGCAGUCACCCUGCUCUGUGGUCCUCGCGUCCUACGGGACCGUUGCCAACCUCGACAUGGCGCAAUUAGAGGAGCUUGGCCAUGGAUUGUGCGAUUCCGGUAAACCUUUCAUCUGGGUGUUAAGGUCGAACGAGGAAGAGAAGUUAUCUGAUGAACUUGGUGCCAAGUGCAAGAAAAAGGGCCUGAUUGUCCCCUUCUGCCCUCAGCUUGAGGUCCUCGCACACAAGGUCACAGGUUGUUUCCUAACACAUUGCGGGUGGAACUCGACGAUCGAAUCCAUUGUUACUGGUGUUCCAAUGGUGGCAAUGCCGCAAUGGGCAGACCAGCCGACAGCGGCGAAGUAUGUGGAGAGCGCAUGGGGGAUUGGAUUGCGCAUGCGGAAAGGUAUGAUCAAGAGGGAGGAGGUGAAGAGAUGCAUACGAGAGGUGGUGGAGGGGGAGAGGAAGCACGAGUACAGGAGGAAUGCCGCUCUGUGGAUGCAGAAGGCCAAAGAAGCUAUGCAGGAAGGAGGGAGCUCUGACAAGAACAUUGCAGAAUUCGCAGCCAAGUAUCUAUCAAAAUAGAUGUCUGAUGAUCUUCUCUUUGCUGGUGAUUUGCCUCUAAAAUAUAUAUGAGAACUUUGUAUGCUGAAAUCUGACGGUAGUGGAAACAAAUUUUGCUCUGUUGUUGCGACGGAAACGAUUUCUCUUUAGCAAUUAGGAAAUCUUUCUUUUAAACAAUAAGGAGCUUUUUGGUUCCACUAUUGCAUCUCUGUGGGAAAAAGAUGCAUAAGGCCAUCUUCUACGCCGAAAAUUAACAAAUAAAUAUUUGACA